CUCUACGACUCUCGGGGCGGGGGUGUGUGACGCUGCCGUGCUUGCUGGGGCUCGUGUGGUGGUCCCUGCAGUGCUGCUGGCGGAGGAGGAGGACGGGAGGCGCCGGCCUGGGACCCCAGCGGCAGCAGGGAGCGCCCCCCUGCCCAAUGCCUGCCUGAAGACGGGGCGUCGUGGAGGCGGAAGGGGUCUCUCGAGGCCUUCUAGUCCACCCCCUGCAGGGCUCUGCUGCAGAGCUGGGUCCUUGGGAACCCCUGGGUCCUUGGGAACCUCCCGCAGGGGCGGCCGCCUGCCCCGUUUGCUCUUGCGGGUGGACAGCAGGGGCGUAACUACUAUUAGGCAAGGGGAGGCGGCUGCCUGGGGGCCCCCACGCCUCGAGGCAAGUCACAUGUGAAGCCCUGACAUGAAGGUGAAACUGAAGAACGUCUUUGUCGUCUACUUCCUGGUGUCUGUGACUGGCCUCAUGUACGCGCUGCUGCAGCUGGGGCAGCCCUGUGACUGCACCCAGCACCUGAAGUCGGCCAGUGACCUCAUCCACGCCAAAGAGAAGAAGCUCUCCCAACUGCAGCAUGAGCUGAAGCGGCUUCAGAGCCGAGAAAAGGCCCUGGAGCCCGCGGCACGAGCGCUGCCCAUUAUCUACGCCAUCACGCCCACCUACGCUAGGCUCGUGCAGAAGGCCGAGUUGGUGCGUCUGUCGCAGACCCUGAUGCACGUCAAGAACCUGCACUGGAUCGUGGUGGAGGACUCCCCGGUGAAGACCCAGCUGGUCUCGGAGCUGCUGGCCCAGAGCAACCUGCGCUUCACGCACCUCCACGCCGAGACCCCCCAGGAGCACCAGCGCAAGGAGAGCGACCCCAACUGGCUGAAGCCCCGGGGAGUGGAGCAGCGGAACCUGGCGCUGCAAUGGCUGCGGGAGAACCGGGAGCUCAGCGACGAGGGGGUGGUGUACUUCGCGGACGAUGACAACACCUACAGUCUCCGCCUCUUCGAUGAGAUCCGCUCCACCAAGCGUGUCUCGGUGUGGCCAGUGGGCCUGGUGGGCGGGCUCCGCUUUGAGCGCCCCCUCGUGGAGGGCGGCAGAGUGGUGGGCUUCUACACAGCCUGGAAGCCCAACCGCCCCUUCCCCAUGGACAUGGCUGGCUUUGCCGUGGCCCUCCAGCUCCUGCUGGCCAACCAAGAGGCGCGCUUUGACUUGCUGGCCGAGCGUGGCUACCUGGAGAGCAGCCUGCUGCAGUCCCUGGUCUCCAUUGAGGAGCUGGAGCCCAAAGCAGACAACUGCACCAAGGUGCUGGUCUGGCACACCCGGACCGAGAAGCCCAAGAUGAAGCAGGAGGAGCAGCUGCAGAAGCAGGGCCUGGGUUCGGACCCCAGCAUGGAAGUGUGAGGAGGGCCCCGUCCAGCCGUCGCCGCGGCAGUGCCCCGCCCCCCCCCCCCGGUGGGCCCAAUCCUGCUGGAUCCGCCGUCUGCGCUGGAGCUUCACCUCACCCCAGGACGCCACGCAGUGGGACUCUCUUAUUUAUUCGGGAUGCAUUCCCACCCUGUUGCGGGGAACAUCCUCUGCUUCGAGUGAGAAGAGACUUUUCAGAAGUGCUGCUACCCCCCCCUCCUCCCUGCCCAGUAUCUCUUCCUGGAACGCUGCUGCAAUGCUGCUGACAGCAACCCCCCUCCAUCUCGGACCCUGUCGCCAGCUCGGCUUCGGAACAGACACCCAGCUCUGCCUCGUCCUUGGACGUGGGGUCUGACAGGCGCCUCCUGCAAGGGGGUUCUCAAGCGGCAUGCUCUCCAGCCAGGGGGCGCGUGGGGGGGGGGGGCUGUGUGUGACCUGCAGUCAAGGCCCAGGGGGGCAUUGCUGAAGACCGCCGGAAGCAGCGACACGGACUCCUCCUCCUCAGCCCCCUGCUGACCGCCCCCCUCACUGUAUUCUCUCCCCGCGUGUGAAGGCAGGGGGCCCUUGCUACGCCAAGGGCCCGGUCCUGGGGAGGGCUGGUUCCCGUCCCUGCCUCGAGUGUCCGUGCCGCGGGUUCUCCCAGUUGCAUGUAGCAGUGGCGAAGUCGACGACUUGCAUGUGGACUGCUCAAUAAACAGCUGCUUCUCA